AUGGCGCCACACGGUCUGAGGGAAUGGGCGGUGGCGCUGUGCUGGCUGGCCGCGGUGACGGCGGCUUGCUGCAGGGCAUAUGAACCCGGGAAGAUGUCGACCACAUCCUUGAAAGUCAGAGCGGAAUUGAAUGGACUGCCACUAACAGAAGGUCAGGAAAGGGGCACAUGUGUCACAUGUGUAGAACCACAAGCAACAGCUCCACCUUAUGGAUCUACAAAUUGCUGCAUCACACGUAACCUGGAAAGUGAGCGCAUCCACUACCCACGGGGCCUGCUCCAGGAUCGACGAACUUUGAAUGAGAUCCUCUGGGACGCCGCGGCCGCCGGCGACCACGACGUCGCGACGACAGCCCUGAAGCGUGGCGCGGACGCGGAGUACCGCUCCGGCGACAACAACGACACGCCCCUCGCGGUGGCCGCCUUCUACGGCCACGCCCCGGUCGUCCGCGUCCUCCUGGCCCUGGGCGCCGACCCCGAAGCUGUAGAUGAUCGAGGCCUCACAGUGCUGCUGGGAGCCGCCCAGGAAGGCCAUGCCGAGGUGGUGACCAUGCUUCUGGAGGCAGGCGCCGACCCAGACGAAACAAUGGCGGACAGCGGGAUCGCGCCGAUUGCCGCUGCCGCUCUGAGGGGCCAUGAAGAGGUCGUGAGGGCUCUGCUGGAGGGCGGGGCGGACCCGGGGGUCAUGGACGCGGAGGGCGACGCCCCGCUGCACCUCGUCUCGGUCACGCUCGCCGGCGGGGCCGAGGGGAUUGCCCAGGCUUUGGUGGGUGCGGGGGCGGACCUGGAGGCCGUUGGCGCGGACGGCGACACGCCCAUAUUCUGGGCGGCGUACUUCGGCAACGUGCGGGUGGCCGGCGUGCUGGUGGAGGAGGGUGCGGAUGUCGGCGCGAGGAACGACGCGGGCAACGUGGCGGCGGACGUCGUGUGCGGCUGCCUGGAGGACGUCGGCGAGGACGCCAUCCAGUGCCCCGCGGGCGGCUGCGACAAGGGCGCCGUCAUCAAGCGCCUGGCGCAACUUCUGGCGUGA